AUGUACAACGAAAUGAACAUCUCCAUCUUGUCUGAAAAGUACCGAAAGAUUGAAUGGCUAAAACUGCUCAAUAAUGAGUUUGCACUUGCCAAUAUGACACUCAAGGAGAACGAACGCGUGAUUGUAUUGGAACCUGAUUAUAUCCAGAAUAUUGAAAAAAUUCUGCAAGGAACAAGUUCUUACAUUGGUACUUGUGCGAUUUUUAAGGAACAGUACUUGGCGCAUCACUGGCUGUUCUUCAUCGAUUCUGAGGUCGACCAUACCCCCUAUAUUUCAGCUUUUCCUGCUGGAGUACUUCAGCCGCCAUUUUUCCAAGACGGUGUGCCUUCAUCACUCAACAUGGGAGCUAUUGGAAUGAUGAUAGGACAUGAAAUCACUCAUGGUUUUGACGACGGCGGGAAUCAAUUUGAUGCUGAUGGACAGCUGCGGAACUGGUGGACCGAGAGCGCAAAGAAAAAUUUCUUAGAAAGAGCUCAAUGCUUUAUUGAACAGUACAGCAACGUUACCGUAAAGGAAGUGACCUUGACGUUGAACGGAAGAAAUACUCAGGGUGAAAAUAUUGCCGACAAUUCUGGCCUAAAAGCAGCGUAUCUGGCAUUUAAAAAGUUCAAUGACACCGACCAAGUGCUUCCUGGGUUAAUCUUAACAGGAGAUCAGCUCUUCUUCGUUUCAAAUACCAUGGGCUGGUGCCAGAUGAUUAGGAAAGAAAGGCUGCGAAGUGACGUACAAUACGACCCCCACAGCCCUACCAAGUAUCAGACGAACCUUCCAAUGGGAAAUUCUCCAGAAUUCAUUGCUGUGUUCGCCUGCAGUGAAGACUCGCCCAUGAACUUUAAAAAGAAGUGCACAAUGUGGUAA